AUGGAGUGUGUGGGCACACGCAUCCCGUACGCAAAAUGGCGCCUGAGUGCUUUCCGACAAUUGCUAGCGACAUCGCAAGCUAGCCGGGGCAUCUCGACCUCGCGACAAACUGACCAACUCAAUGCAACUACGUUGGAAACAAAGACAGGCAAUUUGAAUCCGGACUCCGCGCCUCCUUCGCAACGGCUCCCGCAGUCCCCUCUCCUCGCACGUCUUCGCUCUGGAUCUGAGAAGAAUCGCAAAAGACGCCCCACGACACAGGAGGAAGCCGACCUGCUCAAGAACCCUUGGGCCGUAAUGCUGGCUUCCCCGGCACGUAUGUGCUCUGUAACUGGUGCAAGACUUCCAUCUGCCCUGCUGGGGACUUGGGGGCUUGUUAAACAACCAAAUUCAGACAAGCUUCAUAUGAUGCCUGUGGGUCUGCUGCAGGACUCGCUGCAAGGCAAUAAGACCAAGAACCUCAGUUCAUCAUCAGAGCAAACCAUCCCAGACCAACAAGAAAGCCCAAGAAUCGGGAAAAAAGGUCAGGAAAAGGGUCAUUUGGAUGUAUCACCAAUCUCAACAUCCCCGGAUAAGCAAUCUGGACGCCAGCUUGUGCUUCGCAUUGCUGAGCUUCUUCCACUUAUUCGAUCUAUUUCAGCGUCACUCUCCAAGAAAAACAGAAAAAGACAACCGAUUAUGCGGCUGUUGCCAUUCCGCUGGAGGCACCCCCAGGGCCCUGUGACGGCGCACGAAGAGAAAAGAAUCAUCUGGUCGAAGGAUACGCCGGAAUUCAUGUUGCAGAGUAUGAGGAGUGUCGUUGUCAAGAAGCUGGGUGCGGUCCUCGAGAAAUACAAGCGUGUCGGUACCCCCAAUGGGGUUUGGAGAGCUCUAGAUCUACCCGAGUCCUCGGAUGCUGCGCUGAAGGAGGCUCUGGAAAGCCUAGAGCGAUUUGAUCGUAUGGAAUGUGGUGGAGUCCUGCUUCUUGAUUCGAAGAAAUCUGCGGCUGCCACGCAUACGUCUCAAUCAAGCGGCUCUUUGAACUCGGUGACUCUCACGCAAACUGGGUCAAAGGUUCCUGUGUUUGAUCUGUCAGUGCUUUUCUCUGAGUCUGAUAUCAACAAACUCCGUGAAUCCCACAGUCAGUUCCAGCACACUGCACUGUUUUUCAGACCAGAGGAUCAGCUCGGUAUUGAUGCGAUGAUAUCCCUCUGGAAAAUCAAGCGGCUUCUUGAUGGGAUUGAUCUGACAGAGCAAUGA